AUGAUAAGUAAAUUCGAAACAUUACCAAAUGAAAUAUUGCUUAAUAUAUUUUGUUAUUUAUCAUGGGAUAAAAUCUUAAUAUCAUUUUGGUUGUUAAAUGGACGUAUUAAUUCGCUUAUUUAUUCAAUAUUUUCAAGAGAUAAAUAUGAAAUUAGUUUUGAUCAAUUAGAUUUAUCGUAUAAAAAAUUUUCAUUAUUUUUAUUACCAUUAAUUAGCAAUUCUUCAUCUCUUUCUUCUUUAUUUAAAUAUAUUCAUUUUGAUGGAACAAAUUCAAAUUCUUAUAAUGUUAUUUAUGAAUUUAUUUUUUAUAAUAAUAAUACACAAAAUCUUUGUUUUCCUAAUCUUAAAUCACUUAAGAUAACUCGAUGUUUAUUGUCUCAAUCAUUAAUUCAAACAUUAUCUUUACUUAUUCGGAAUCAAUUGGAUCAACUUACAUUAACAUUCGAUGAAGAAAUGAUCGAAUUAAUUCGAAAACCAGAGAAACCAUGGAGAAUUGCUCCUCAUGCGAGUAAUGAAUGA